CUUGGCAAUAAAUCUAUCCAGGAUAGCUUCGCUAGGAUAAUCAGGCACGGAGAGCUGCCUGAAGCCUUCGUCAUCAACGAAGCAAAUCUCGUGGCCAUCCUGAAAAAUGAAUGCAUCAAACGAGUCGUUAUCAAGUCAAGAUUGGAACUGGACAGGGUGACUUUCUCGACCGGAUCUGAAAGGCGCGACAAGGUGCAGCAAUGGUGUCCUGCGACGAGAUAAAAUCCGAGUGGAUAUCGGUGUCGAAUAAUAAAGGGGUGGAAAAAGAUGACUCGAUUAUUUUCACCGAGCAAUUCGUGAAUAAGGUGCAACACUUCAGCUCGCAGUACGGAAGUGACAAAAGCAUAUCCUACACGGCAUACAACAUAGCUGGUAACCCAAGCAAGUUCCCCGACUACGGUGAUUUUCCUCAGGCAUUUGUCAUGAGAACCUAUGGCUGCUGGUGGGACACGGCGCCAUCCAAACUAGUCGAUUACAUGCCGCAGAACAACGAUAAUGUCGUCUGCCAGGACUACAUAGAUGUGGCGUAUCAUCGGGAGGUUUAUCCAAUCAGAGUGUCCAUAUAUGAGACGUACAACCCGGGCAGCGUCGUUGGAAUUUGGGCUGCCAAGGGCAACGGAAAGUGGAGCCGCCUCUGGAGUGGCCUGCCGCAGGUCGUUUCGCACAAGUCGAGGAUAUUUUCUCCCCCUCUACAACCAUGCUCUUUCAAGACCAAGAUGCUUAGGCUGGAAUUCAACCACAGUAAGCUGGACUAUUACACAGAGCUGGACGCCGUCCUCCUCAUCGGCACUUCGGAACUCAUUCAACCCCACUUUAGAUUUAACAAUACAAACUUGAGCGCCUUGCUUCGGCAGCUCAAUGACAGCACCUGCGAUAGCGACGACGUUUAUAACAUGACACCAGAUUAUUUAGAAACACACAGAGACUUAAGGGAGCUUAAAAACACCUUCUACAAACACUGUCAACUCUCAAACAGAAAUGUUACGGGUAAGAUACACAAGGGGACCAUCAUCGACAGGCUUGGAACUGACUACCACUGCAUACCGCCAAUCGAAGAAGCAGUCAGCAGUCUACACAGGUUUCUCCAGGAAGACUUUCCAAAACUGAUGCGAGACAUCGAUCUUUCAACUUCCUCAGGAAGUCCAGUGGCUGGAACCAAGGCCGGGAAUUCAUUGCAGUCGGGUGAUAUUUGCGGCAGUUUUUCUGUGCUCCCUGAUGAAGCGGUACUGAAGAUUCUUAAAAAUCUCGACCUCAGAUCACUUUGCCGAUGUUGUCAAGUCAAUCGUCAUUUCAACAAUAUAGCAAGAGAUGCACUCCUCUAUACCAGCCUGAACUUGAAACCAUACUGGCACUGCGUUGACGCAAGCACGCUCGAAACAUUGGCCUUGAGAUGCCAAUAUCUGCAGCGUCUAGAUCUCUCCUGGUGUGGCAACUACAACACGAUAACACCUAAAGACAUUCAGGAAUUCCUCACGUCCAGUGGAAGUCAGUUGACGCACCUCAGAUUCAACUCCUGCCAAUUUGUCAACAAUUCCGUGAUACUGAAGGUAUCCAUGAUCUGCCGAAACCUAAAAGAGCUCUGCCUUCGCAACUGCGUGGAGAUAACUAAGGACGGAUUUUGGCCUCUGGCGAACCUGCAGCAGCUCGAACGUCUCGAACUUUACAGAACGUUGAUUCAGACGCCGCCGUUGUGCGCGAUUCUUAAGGGAAAUCGAGAUAUGCGCCACUUGAACCUCGCCGCCUGCGACCACGUUCAUAAUAUGGACGAUAUCGCCAUGGAGGUUGCCUACUCGUGUCCUCGCCUCGAGAGCGUAGAUUUCUGGAAGAGCCACAGCCUGACGCCUCACGGAGUUAGAGCCCUCGCUCGUUGCACGAUGCUUCGGGAGGUGGACUUCGGAUGGUGCCUAGGUAUGGGAGCUCCGGGGGAGUCGCUGAGAGCAUUGGCAGCGUCUUGUCAGAACCUGGAGAAGGUCUUCCUCGCUGCCCUUCGCGGCCUCACGGAUCGUGACCUCGAACCGUUCUUAUCCUGCUCUAAGCUCAGACAGUUGGAUUUUCUCGGAGCAAGAUCUCUUACUCCUGAAAUAUGUCUACGAUUUUUAUUAUAUUGCAAUAAGCUGGAAAUGAUGGAUCUUAGCUUUUGCGAAGGUAUAAGCGAUAUCAAGGUACACGAAUGGCGUCAGCUUUAUCCUCACGUGUCUAUUAAGCGCAGUUUUCAAGCAAGUGGGUCGGAUUUUACAUAGUUUAUCGAUGUUCUUGCACCGUUCGUCCGUUUUGCAGUUGCUCUUUUUCACCGUGUCACCUUGCAAUAGUCCGAAAUUCGCUUUUGUUUUGUCGGAUGGUUAGCUUGGUUAGAUGGUUUUUUUCCCUUGUAGAUCAGUUUCAUUUUCGGUGACAUUUUACAUUUUCGAACAAGAAAAUUGUUU